UCCCUUUCGACACCCCGUAGUCCUUCCUCCUCUCAGCCUGUUCAGUGGCUAAAGAUGGCGGAGGCUCCUCCAUGGCCCAGCCGGUUCUUCUGUCACAGAUGCUCCGCAGAGAUUAGUCCUCGGCUUCCCGAAUAUACGUGUCCAAGAUGUGAGUCAGGAUUUAUUGAGGAACUGCUGGAAGAGAGAAGUGCUGACAAUGGCUCCAUGUCUACCAUCGCCAGUGGGCCCCAGAACCAGCAGCCAUUCGAGAAUGCAGACCAGCACUUGUUCACAUUCCCUUCGGGCUACGGUCAGUUUGCGCUGGGUGUAUUUGAUGACAGCUUUGACUUUGGCGCGGGGCUGGGAACCGAGGACAACCGGGAUGCCGAAAACCGCCGGGAAAGGGAAACAGCGUCACGGCACCGAUAUGGCGCCAGGCAACCGCGAAGUCGUCAUGGUUCAAGACGACAAAUAGGGAGGCAAGAGGGAGUUCCAACCUUAGAAGGAAUCAUUCAGCAGCUAGUGAAUGGAAUAAUUGCACCAACUGCAAUGCCAAAUAUUGGUGUUGGACCCUGGGGCGUUCUUCACUCCAAUCCUAUGGACUAUGCCUGGGGUGCUAAUGGUCUUGAUGCUAUUAUAACACAGCUAUUAAACCAGUUUGAGAACACGGGGCCGCCGCCUGCUGACAGGGACAAAAUAAAAAGUCUUCCUACAGUACAAGUUACAGAUGAGCAUGUUGCUUCAGGUCUGGAAUGUCCAGUGUGUAAAGAAGAUUACAGUGUUGGUGAAAAUGUGAGGCAACUCCCAUGCAAUCACAUGUUCCACAACGAUUGCAUAGUCCCCUGGCUGGAACAGCAUGAUACUUGUCCAGUGUGCAGGAAAAGCUUGAGUGGACAGAACACAGCGACAAACCCUCCAGAACUAUCAGGGAUGAACUUUACCUCCUCCUCGUCCUCCUCCUCGUCCUCUUCAUCCUCCUCUACCCCCCAGUCCUCGAGUUCGACCAGCAACGAGAACUCCACUGACAACUCGUAGAAAGGACACGUGUCCUUACCACCCUAUGAGCUGUUUAUAGCUCCUAGGCUGCUGUACUUCAGAGCAGUCACCUCCAUUCUCUCCCUCCUCGAAGGGCAGAGACCUGAGUGCUUCCCUCCAGGCGCACUCACGCCUGAUUCAGGGGUAAGUGAUACAUGAGGCCCAUGUAUUUCUGCCCGUCCUGUUGCUCCCACCUUCACCAGGAACCUGAACAAAGGAAGGGCGGAGGCCUGGAGUGCAGCUUCUGUCAGGGAGGAUGUGGAGAAGCACGGACACUUCAAGAGGCGCGGUCUGCUUGAAUAUCACCUCAUACAAGAAGAGAAAAUAAAGGAGUCCAAAGGUAAAAGGCAAGAAACAACAAGACAUUUGCUGUUCUUUUUUUUUUUUUUUUUAAAUAAUUUCUAGACUUGUAUAAUUUAAGACGACCCGCUUUUGCCAAUGAAGCAAAACGAAGUGUAUAGUAAUUACUUUUUUUUUUAAAUAAAUAAGUUGCUUACAGAUAAUACAACCCAAAGUGCACGGUAGUGCGCUGCUGUGCACAGAGGUUUCUUCAUGGUUUGGAAGAAUAUUGCAUUGAUCCCUUUAUCUCUGACAAGUACAUUGAUAUUAUAUGAUUUUAUAUUCAAAUUCCAUUAGCCAUUUUCAUGAUUACCUGACACCACACAGGUACUGUUGUUUGCACUUGAAAUGUUGGGUCAAAAUGCAGUCAUGUUUUUGUUUGGCUAUUAAAGUUGAUUAUCAUUACUUAAGUACACCCUUUAGGAUUCAUUAAAAUGAUAUCUGAAACAUGGAUCCAUCUUUUCACACCACAUUCUUGGAAACAUUUCAGCACAUUUGUGCAUUUUAACAGAGAUAAAUAUUUUCUGACGUUGCCAUUUGAAAACGUGUUGAUUUGCAGUAUGAUCAUGUACAAGAAUAUGAACUGAAAAUAAAGUUGUUCGGGUGCUACCACUCA